UAAAUUUAGAAAUUGUACAUUUAGAAAAGAAAAAAAAGAAAGGUCAAAUAGAUUAUAAUAAUAGAAUAAAAUGGCUACAGAUAAUGAUACAUUAAACGAUGUUUUAAGUUACAUUACCGAUGUAUUGUUAUGCUUAUCAAUUGUUGGUUCAUUCUUUACAGUUUUCACAUUUAUGGUUUUUUAUAAACUUAGAACAUAUCCAAUUCGUUUAAUUAUAUAUUUAUGUUUGUCAAUUCUAUUUGCGCAAUUCUUUUUCGAAAUUUCAUUCAGAUCAUCAGAAAAUCUUUUCUGUUUACCAUCAGGUAUUCUUCUUCAUUAUUUCUUCUUGGCUGAUUUCGUAUGGACUUUUUGUGUAGCCUUUAAUUUCUAUCAAAUGAUUGUAAAGAGAAACAGAGAUGCCGAAUCACUCGAAAAAUAUUACCAUUUGGCUUCUUGGGGUAUUCCAUUACUUGUUGUAGUAUUUUGUGCUGGUUUUGAAAAAUAUAUUAAUAGAGGUGGAUUUUGUUAUUUAGAAAAUGAUUUACCAGUAUUCUUAGGUUUCUUUGUUCCAGGUUUAUUAGUUGUUUGUGCUAAUGCAGUUAUUUUCUUCUUUAUUGCUAGAGAAAUUCAUGAUACUUUAAAGAAUGCACCAAGAACAGAUAAAAAAGAAAAAUCAAAAGAAUUUAGAGUAUAUUUUUCAAUUUUUGUUUCAAUUGGUUUAAGUUGGAUUUUUGGUUUCAUCAUGACUUUCUUCAAUUCUGAUAGUGUUUUAGGUUAUAUAUUUUUAAUUUUAUUCUCUGUAACAACUCCAUUACAAGGUUUCUUAAUCUUUGUUUCAUAUUGUGUUAACGAUAAAGUAUUAGCUCAUUAUGCAAGAGGUUUCAAAUCAAUUGGUAUUCCAAUCUUCUCACGUUGGGAAAAUUUGGAUGGAACUUCCACUCGUCAAACUUCCACUACUGGUCCUAAUUCUGAUAACACAGAUAAAUCAGAUAUGUCAAAUAAUUUAUCAUCCGAUUCAUCUAUCUCCAUCAAAGCUCCAAACAGUUAAUCAACAAAAAACAAUAAAGAUUAAAAAAAUUGAAAUAAAUAAUAAUAAUAAUAAUAAUAAUAAUAAUAAUAAUAAUAAUAAUAGUAAUAGUAAUAGUAAUAGUAAUAAUAAUAGUAAAAAUAUAAAUAUAAAAGUAAUAAUAGUUUCGAAAAUUUAAAAAUAUAAUAGUUUUAUUAUAAAAAUAUAUAAAAACUUUAAAAAAAAAAAAAUAAAAAAAAAAUAAAAUAAGAUGUAUAUUUUAAUUUAUAAAU